AUGCGGUUCACAAGAGUCAUUCCAAUCGCAGCGGCGGUCGCUGCUGUUGGUGCUAAUUACCUUCCUAAAGGUGACAAUGAUCCAAAAUACGGAUCGUGGGACGAAGAAAUUCUUUCCUCUUCCUCAGUUUAUGAGGAUGUUGUGACACUCAAAAGCACGAAAGUGAUAACCAAAACCGUGGCUAAAAUUGACGAGCCUGCAAGCACUUGGGCUGCUUCCGAAGGCAGUUAUCCAUCAAAGAGUUCUCCAAUCUAUUCUCCAAUAGCCUCUAGCAUCCAAGCUCAGUGGGCUGCUAGCUACGCAAGUGCCUCUUCGACUCCAGUGAGCCCAGUCAUAACAUCCGCCUCCCCAGCAGGCUACUGGGGAGCAAGCUAUCUUGGAGCUAUUAGUUCUAGCACUCCAGUUAGUCCAGUUCUACCAAGCUCCUCAUCUUGGGAUGCAGAGAAGGACUACUGGUAUCGCCGCGAUUACAUUUACAGCGCUUCUAGCGAUUCAACAUGGGGUAAAGAAUCGACAAAUGAUGUUGAGGCCGUGCAGCACUCAAAGACACCAACAUCUGCAUCCAUGACUCCAAUGGCAUAUGCUUAUCAACCAGUCUCUUCCGGCGCAGCGUCAUCCUCUCCGAUUUCAAAGUGGGCUGAAGCUGACGCAGUAGCUACGAGACCUUCAUCUCCGGCCACUAUGUCCUGGGAAAAGGAUGUCAAGUAUGCUACUGAUGAUGAUAAUGAUGAUGAAAGCUACGGAGACGAAGACUUUGACAGCUGGAAAUCAACGGAAAAGGCUCCGACUUCAUACGCUCCGGCAUAUGCUGAAUAUUAUCGCAGAUCGGGGGGCUACUACGAGCCAGCCAAAGCCUCUAGCUUCGUUACAUCGUAUACAAAAGUUGCGGCGGCCAUGCUCCAGUCAUCUUCAAUGGGUGUCAGCUACUCAAUGCCAAAUUAUGUCGCUCCCAGAAGUUCAUCAAGCAUCCCUUCCAAGUCUGUUGAAGCCGCGGCCGUGCUUCAGUCAUCUACUGUACCGAGAGCUUCGUAUGCGCCCAGUGGAGGCUAUGCGGCACCAACGGCUACUGUUUACAUGGGUGGACCACUUGGAUAUGGUGCUGCAUCUCCAACCGGCAGCUACUCUGCACCGAUUUCUAAGAAUGAGCCUGAGGAAGACGUCAGUCUCCGCAAGCAUCGCCGUCAAGCCGGGAGCCAAAAGAGUGGAAUUUGGAGGAAGGUAUGUGGCUAUAAUGCAGAAGAUGAAAAACAAUGUGACUAA